AUGAGCUACUGGCGGCGCCCAGAUCCGCCGGGGACCAUCAACCCAGCGAAGCUCUUCGAGGGAGCCGGAACAUCGUCUGGAACCUUGUUCGGAGCCUCUGACACGCUGAAAGCUCCUGAAGCCCCCCAAAGCUCUCCCUCAACAGCACUAGCGGCGAAGAUACCUCGUUCUGUCGCUCCUCCUCUUCCCCGGAUAUCCUCCGACUGCGAACCUGAACACGAUAUUGUGGUACGUGGGUACUCCAGCCAUCGGUAUAUCCAAGAGGAGUUUGAGGACAUUCAAGUCGUGAAGUAUUGGUCGCCUGCUGUGAAGCUGAGGCACACUUCGCACCGUGGCCAUUUUCGGAGUCAUACUCAGAAUGGGGUACGAAUACGUGUUCCCGUUGAUCUGGGAGCAGCUCGAGAUGCUACGGUCGUAAUACAUCGGGCUACGGCGUCGAUAUAUGAUGCUUACCUGCUCCGGGCCGACAUUAUGAAGAACGUGAACAAUUUCCGGAGGCAUCAAAUAGUAUUCAGCCCAGAGACCAAAACGUACACUCUCUUGAUCCGAGAAGGUCGCAUCGGGCUCCAGGGCAUUGGCCGGCAGGAAAUUGUGUCAACUGAUGUAAGAGUAGUCAUGAGCAGGUUCCGUAAGAUCUUCCGCGACAACACGGGCCUGGUGUGGACCAACAGAUACGAACCACCCAGAUUGAUGGACGAGAAAUUUGUGUUCGUCGAGCUAGAGUACCGUGGGACCGUUGCACGCCCCAAGGAAUUCCCAAACUACGCCAUGCUCGACGUCAAGGUCAAUGAGGAAGUGAGGAAUCUAAUGGAGGACAUGCUCUAUGGUGGCCCAGUGCGGCAAUGCAACGGUGGCGAGAACCCAGGCACGUCGAGUUUCUCCGCAUUCAGCGCUCCGUAUGAGCAGCUCAGCCCCUGGACCAUUUUCUUGGCGUUCAAGACUCUUGAGCGUAUCUGGAAACAUCUCGAGCCCGGACGCCCCAUUCGCUGGAAGCUGGUUCUCAGAGAAUCGUCGCGAUACCGCAGCCAGAUCCCCUUCUGCGCAGAGUACGACCGACCCCCGGUAAUCUCAAGCUACCACGCUAUUUUCCUCGAGCUCAAGUUCCUGCACUCACUCUGGCCACGGCAGGAUAUAGCCAACUCGAUGAUCGAGAUUCACCGCCGGGGGUCCCUCCAGCUCAACGCUUAUAAGGCCCUUGCCCAGCCGCUGUACCAGGCCUACAGCUCUUUGCGACAUGGUUUUCGCCGCCUGACAGAUACUUCGACGUCCGAGUUCCGGGAGCUCAAGAACUAUCUUGAAAAUUCCUGCCAUCACAAACAUUACCUGACCAUGGAACUCAAGGAGAUCUACCGACUCUUCGUGAAGACUAAUCUUCCGAACCCGUACCGCACCCGGAUCGAGGCCAAGCAAGGCAUCGACGUCUGUGACGAGGAGAGGCUCCUGCUGUGGCACGGCACACCGCUCGACUCGCUACUGGGUAUCCUCGACCUCGGCCUACAGAUCCGCAGGCGAGGAAGUAGCUGGACGGGGACCAUGUUCGGCAACGGAAUCUACCUCGCCGAUGCGUCGAGCAAGUCGGCGGGCUUCUGCAAGCACCGAUUGUGGAACGGAGAGGCGGUGCUGCUGUUGUGCGAGGCUGAUGUCGGGUUGCCGCGGAUCCGGAGCCAGCACAGCAUGUACAACGGGCACGAUGUCAUCCAACGGUCGGGCGGGCUACACAGGUGUAUUGAGGGGCUUGGCAAGGUCGGGCCCAUGAAGUGGAAAAGGCCUGAUACGACCGUUCCGUACAGUGAUACCUAUUCAGGAGGAACCCUGGGUUUCAAUGAGUAUGUUGUCUACGAUCCUUCGCACGUACUUAUACGCUAUCUCUUUCGGGUGAAGGUCACGGGAAUCUCAUGA